GACUGCGCCAGUAUUCGCGGGUCAUUCAUAGGUGUUGUCAGCAGAUUCGCGAAGCGGAUGUUAGGUGUGAUGGCGACCGCGGCCGUCAGUCGCAGUUGAACCGCGUGCGCGGAAGGUCGCGCCCGUCCCAUCAGCUGGCCACCCGACACCGGCGUGAUUCUCUAUAAACAACGCUAUCGAGAACUGGUACACAAUAACUGUGUGAUAAAAACGACAACAUUACCCGGAAGCCAUGCAGUUACUGUCACCAAACUCAUUACUGGAUAAAUAUUUGUUGUGAUUCACUUACUAUUUGUUAUGAUCUACGUUUCGUAAAGUUUUCCGUGAUAAGGGGUGAUAUUUAGUUUGGUAUUAGCACCUGUCGGUAAUCGUGUUUGUGGCGCAUUAUCAGGGCUAUCGGGUGUUGCGUUAUUUCGUUUAGUGGACAAACAGUCGGACGUGGGUGUUGCGUGGUGGUAGGCGGCUGGAAGAUGCCUGUGCUCGGCUACGACAUGACGUCACAGGAGUUGUGUCCGAUGUACAACGCGGUGGAUUACAUGAUGGGUGCGCCGACGCAGUGGGACAAGCAGCCCAGCCCCUACUACGGGCCCAUGGUGCGCAGUCCGCCGCAGGAGGCUCGCCCUGUCAUGACCUACAGCGAAGACAGCGACAUGCAGCUGGAGACGAGUAGUAGCGAGGCGAGCGCGGCGUCCUCGGCCGCGCUGUCACAGCACUGCGCCAUUUGCGGAGACCGCGCCACCGGCAAGCACUACGGGGCGUCCUCCUGUGAUGGUUGCAAGGGCUUCUUCAGGCGAAGCGUCAGGAAAAAUCAUCUGUACACAUGCAGGUUCAGCAGAAAUUGUGUGGUGGACAAAGACAAAAGAAACCAGUGCAGAUACUGUAGGCUGAGGAAGUGCUUCAAGGCGGGCAUGAAGAAAGAAGCGGUGCAGAACGAGAGAGACCGCAUCAACUGCCGACGACCGUCGUACGAGGAGCCGACGCAGGCCAACGGGCUGUCUGUGGUGUCGCUGCUAAACGCUGAACUGCUCAGCAGGAAGGUUAUUGAUGAGACAAACAACGUGACAGACGCGGAGAUAAACAACCGCAAGCUGGCGAAGAUCAACGACGUGUGUGACAGCAUCAAGCAGCAGCUGCUCAUACUGGUCGAGUGGGCCAAGUACAUCCCCGCCUUCACCGAGCUGCAUCUUGAUGAUCAGGUAGCGCUACUCCGUGCCCACGCGGGCGAGCACUUGCUGCUGGGCUGCGCGCGACGCUCGCUGCAUCUCAACGACAUCCUACUGCUCGGCAACAACUGCAUCAUCACCAAGCACAACAUCGACGGUCGCAUGGACAUCGACAUCAGCAUGAUCGGCAUGCGCGUGAUGGACGAGAUCGUGAAGCCGCUGCGGGAGAUCGACAUCGACGACACAGAGUUCGCCUGUCUCAAGGCCAUCGUGUUCUUUGAUCCUAACGCGAAAGGCCUCUCCCAGCCUCAGAAAAUCAAGCAGCUCCGCUAUCAAAUCCAGAUAAACCUGGAAGACUACAUCAGUGACCGGCAGUACGACGGGCGCGGCCGCUUCGGCGAGCUGCUGCUGUGUCUGCCGCCGCUGCAGAGCAUCACCUGGCAGAUGAUCGAGCAGAUCCAGUUCGCCAAGCUGUUCGGAGUGGCCCAUGUCGACAGCUUGCUACAGGAGAUGUUGCUUGGAGGGGCGUCAACAGAAGCGGCCGUAGAGGAGCCGUCAGCCGCCGCCGCGUCGCCCAUGUCGGCCGCGUCGUCGCCGCCGCUCGUGCCGCAGCUGCCGCUCCCAGAGCCCUCCUUCCUCGAGCCCAUGCCCUUCAAGCAGGAGCCCAACAUGAGCCCUAAUCACGACACGACGAUGCUGAAGACUGCCGACAUUACGCUGUUAUAGUGACCUUAAACCACGCUGUCACGCACACAAACAUACACUUGCUUUUAUAUAAAUGUUUCAAGGAAAUUCACGACUCUCGUGAGUAAAAUGGUGAAUGUUAGCGCGUUAUGCAUUUUACAGUGUAACUAAAAUUGUUUCCUAAUGGAAUAAAAUAUCGGUUCUAUUCGAUAUCAAGUUUAUAAAGCUCUGAAUUGUUAAAUGUUUAAUGAACAAUUGUUUUAUGCCCGAAUAUUCAACCAAGAACCCGACUUAAAUGAUGGGUCUUAAUUAUAUCAUUUAUCGCAGUUUAACUUAAGCUUGUAAUAACAAAAAGGUUUAAGUGGUGGUUAAUUUUAUGGUGUUUAAUAUUCGGACAUUGGUUAAAGUUUAUUAGGUUAAGAAUAUUGCCUUAAAUAAUUUGUAAAUAAAAAUGUGUGUCAACAAAAGAAUCAAGCAUAUCGAUAUAUCUAAUUGGCAGAUACAUUGCAGCUUUAAAUUAAGAAAACAUAAGAAACAUGCAAUGAUUUAUAUAAGAGAAAAUUAGAAUAGAUAUAUUAAAUAUGUAUAUGAGAUCAUAAAACGAUUAUGAAAGAUCAAACAUUUUAUAAGAACAUAUUUAUAUACACGAUGUUUUAGACUUAACUUCUUGUGCCUGUAUUUUAUAUAAUUGUUUUUGUGUAGGUGUAGGAUUAUGAGCGUUUGCCAAUUUUGAUAUAAACAUUAUUUACUUUAAGAGUAGGUGCGGGAUUCUACAAGUGCUGUAUAUCCAUUCGGCUGUGUUUGUAACGAAUUUCGUGAAAUUGUUUACAUGCCUAUGCUUGUUGGAUUUUUAUACUAUUUACUAGAUUAUGUGUAAUUUAUUUGGUGUCAUGUCGAAAUUAAUAAGCACUACAAUUUUGUAUUUCGCUCUAGUAUUUGGAAUAUGUAAGUUACCAAGAUAGUAACAAGUAGGUGAUGGUAUUAUAGGAAAUCACUAGAAAUCGUUAUUGAACCUAGGUAGGAGUGAACAUAUAUGAUUUUAUAGGCAUUUUUAUCUCGAUUAUAUUUAAAUAGAAGUAUAUCUAUACGAGUUAGAGAAGUGAUUUUUGUAAUGUGCCUGCAUAUUAUAUUGUGUGGGCACCGUUUAUAUUUGUAGUUGAAACAUUUGUUAAUAAAUGCUCAAAGUAGAUACGUUAUGUUUCCUUGUUACUCGAUUGGUGAAUACCGUUAUGUGGUGAAAGUUACUUUGGCGUAUGAAUUAUUGUCAUGAAAUAUUUUAUGGGUUUAAAAGUCGUAGGUUUUAUGUUAUCUAAGUUAAGAAAUAGGUGCCUUAUUGUCCUAUUGAGGUGUACUGUUGAAAAUGUACAUACUAUGUUAUGAAUUUUAGUAGAAUAUAUUUUAAUAAAUAAUGUUACAAAAA